UUCAUUUUUGGAUAUGUCAUCCCUGUUGUAUGAAAAGAGAAGAGAAUGCCUUUCUGUUUUAAGAACACUUAAUGCUUCGUUUGUUGAACUUAACCUCCCAAGCGUUAUGAACAAACAGUCAAUAGCAGAAUAUUGUCUUCAAGCAGCUUCCUUACUUUUUUGCACUGCUUCGAGUUCUUAUAGGCUGCACUCAGUGGCAAUGACACCACUGAACAUUCUGGUUAUUGAUGAAGCUGCACAAUUAAAGGAGUGCGAGUCAACCAUACCGUUACAACUUCCGGGUAUAAGGCAUGCUAUUCUUGUUGGCGAUGAGUGUCAAUUACCAGCCAUGGUUGAGAGCAAUAUUUCUGAUGAAGCUGGCUUUGGAAGAAGUUUAUUUGAGAGGUUGAGCUCAUUGGGUCACUCAAAGCAUCUUCUCAAUAUACAGUACCGAAUGCAUCCAUACAUAAGUUUCUUCCCAAAUUCAAAUUUUUAUUGCGAACAGAUCUUAGAUGCUCCAAAUGUUAAAAGAAAAAGCCACGAAAAGCACUAUCUUCCCUGGCCAAUGUUUGGUCCCUAUUCUUUUAUAAACGUAAUAGGUGGAAGAGAAGAGAAGGAUGAUGUUGGGCGUAGCAGGAGAAACAUGGUUGAGGUUGCUGUUGUUAUGAAAAUACUGCUGAAAUUAUACAAAGCUUGGGUUGGUUCGGAACAAAAACUCAGUGUUGGUGUUAUAUCUCCUUAUGCUGGUCAAGUAGUUGCAAUUCAAGAGAAACUUGGAUGGAAGUAUGAUAACAUUGACGGGUUUGCAGUGAAGGUUAAAUCUGUUGAUGGGUUCCAGGGUGGCGAAGAGGACAUUAUAAUAAUUUCAACUGUAAGAUCUAAUAGUUGCGCAUCGAUUGGAUUCAUAUCAAAUCCUCAAAGAACUAAUGUUGCUAUUACAAGGGCUAGGAACUGUCUAUGGAUUUUGGGAAAUGAAAAAACGCUAUGUAAUAGUGAAUCUGUUUGGGAAGCCUUAGUCCUUGAUGCGAAGAAUCGUCAGUGUUUCUUUAAUGCUGAUGAAGACAAGGAUUUAAACAAGGCAAUAUUAGAUGUGAAGAAAGAUUUAGAACAAUUUGACGAUUUGCUCAAAGGGGAUAGCAUUCUUUUCAAAACUGCUAGGUGGAAGAUUCUUUUCAGUAAUAACUUUCUGAAAUCAUUUCAAAAACUGAAGUCUGUACAGACAAAGAAGUCAGUUAUAAACCUUCUACUUAAACUUUCCAGCGGCUGGAGACCCAAGAAGAAGAUUGUAGAUCCCAUUUGUGGAGAUUCUUCACAGAUUUUAAAGCAAUUUAAGGUUGUUGAAGGUCUUUAUGUUGUUUGUGCAAAUGACGUAGUAAAAGAAUGGAAUGACGUCAUGAAGGAAUUGAGGUAUGAUCAAGUUUUGAAGAUCUGGGAUAUAGUACCUGCAGAGGAUAUUCCAAAAUUAAUCAAACGUCUUGAUAGUAUGUUUGGAAAAUAUACGGAUGGCUUUAUUAAUCACUGCAAAGAGAUAUGUCUUGAGAGGGAUUUGGAAGUUCCGAAGAGUUGGUCAUGUUCUUCUGAUAUUGUCAGGAUUAAGAAUUUUGAUAACAAUGAAAAUGAGAACGACUUAACUGGUUCUGCUUCUGAUGGUAGAAGUUAUGUUGAGAAUGUAAAGGUGAGUGAGAGUCUGAUGCUGAUGAAAUUCUACUCUUUAUCAUCAGGUGUAGUGGGCCACUUGCUUUCUAACCAUGAUGGUGGCGAAUUGGAUCUUCCAUUUGAGGUAACUGAACAAGAGUUGGAGAUAAUCCUUUUUCCUAAAAGUACCUUUAUACUUGGACGGUCAGGUACUGGGAAAACAACUGUUUUGACCAUGAAGUUAUAUCAGAAAGAAAAACUGUUUCAUAUGGCUAAAGAUAGAUAUGGUGUCAAGAGCGAUAGACCUGUGCAUAGUCAGGAAAAGGAAGCUGAGGAGACUAUUGUAGAAAAAAAGGGAACCAUACUAUGCCAGCUUUUUGUGACAGUCAGUCAUAAAUUGUGUUAUGCUGUCAAACAACAUGUUUCUCACUUGAAAAGCUCUGCCUGUGGUGGUAAUUUUUCAAAAGGAAGCAGUUCAAUUGAUAUUGAUGAUUUUGAUGAUGCAACUCAAUUCAAGGAUGUCCCGGAUACUUUUCUUGAUGUUCCACCCAAUUCAUACCCUCUUGUCAUUACAUUUCAUAAUUUUCUAAUAAUGCUUGAUGGAACUGUGGGUAAUUCAUACUUUGAAAGAUUCCAUGAAGUAAGGAAACAUUCUCAUGGUAAGGUUUGUGGUGGAUCAGUUACCUUACAGACAUUUAUAAGGAAGAAAGAAGUUAAUUAUGAGAGGUUUAGUUCAUCAUACUGGCCCCAUUUCAAUACCCAGCUGACUAAGAUGCUUGACUCUUCAAGAGUUUUCACAGAGAUUAUUUCUCAUAUAAAAGGUGGCCCACAAGCUGUAGAGGCAGGUGAUGGUAAACUUAGCCAUGACGAAUAUGUUUUACUAUCAGAGGGCCGAGUGUCCAGUUUAAAUAAGCAGAAGAGAGAGAUAAUAUAUGAAGUCUUUCAAAAUUAUGAAAAAAUGAAGAUUGAAAAUGGUGACUUUGAUAUGGCGGAUCUUGUAAUUGAUCUUCAUCGUCGAUUGAGAGAUGAAAGAUACGAAGGUGAUGAAAUUGACUUUGUAUAUGUUGAUGAGGUGCAGGAUCUCACAUUGAGCCAAAUUGCAUUAUUCAAAUAUAUCUGCAAAAAUGUAGAAGAAGGUUUUGUUUUCUCUGGUGACACGGCACAGACAAUUGCGAGAGGAAUCGAUUUUAGAUUCCAGGAUAUACGAUCUCUGUUCUACAAGAAGUUUCUACUGGAAUCUAAAAGCAGUGGACAUGAUAAAAGAAAAGAGAAAGGAAUAAUCUCAGAUAUUUUCCAUUUGAGCCAGAAUUUCCGUACUCACGAUGGGGUUCUUAAACUAUCACAGAGUGUUAUUGAACUUAUUUAUCAUUUCUUUCCUCAAUCUAUUGAUGUUUUGCAGCCUGAGACUAGUCUUAUAUAUGGUGAAGCUCCAAUCUUGCUUGAAUCAGGGAACAAUCAAAAUGCAAUCAUUACUAUAUUUGGAAAUAGUGGAAAAGCAGGAAGGAGUAUGGUUGGCUUUGGUGCAGAGCAGGUAAUAUUGGUACGAGAUGACUGUGUUCGGAAGGAAAUUACCAAUGCUGUUGGGAAGCAAGCUCUUGUUUUAACUAUUGUGGAGUGCAAGGGCCUUGAGUUUCAGGAUGUAUUGUUGUACAACUUUUUUGGUUCAUCACCUCUGAAAAAUCAGUGGAGGGUGAUAUAUAAUUAUAUGGAGGAACAAGAUUUACUUGAGUCAACUUCACUUAGCUCUUUCCCAAGUUUCAAGGAGGCUAAACACAAUGUCUUGUGCUCAGAACUGAAGCAACUUUAUGUGGCUGUCACUCGUACGAGGCAGAGAUUGUGGAUUUGUGAGAAUGUAGAGGACUUCUGCAGACCUAUGUUUGACUAUUGGAAGAAAAAAUAUCUUGUCCAAGUCAGACAACUGGACGACUCACUUGCUCAGGCAAUGCAAGUUGCUAGCAGCCCAGAGGAGUGGAGAUCGCGGGGAAUCAAGUUAUAUCGUGAGUAUAACUAUGAAAUGGCAACAAUGUGCUUUGAGAGAGCUGGAGAUACUUAUUGGGAAAGAAGGUCUAAGGCUUCUGGCCUUAGAGCCACUUCUGACCGCAUGCGCCAUUCAAAUCCUGAAGCGGCAAACAUUAUCCUUAGGGAAGCUGCUGAAAUAUUUGAAGCCAUAGGCAAGGCUGAUUCUGCUGCACAAUGUUUCUCUGAUUUGGGGGAGCAUGAAAGAGCAGGGAGGCUUUAUUUGGAAAAAUGUGGCGACACUGAGCUGAAAAGAGCUGGGGAAUGCUUUUCUCUAGCCGGAUGCUAUGAACUUGCAGCUGAUGUCUAUGCUAGGGGCUAUUUUUUCUCAGACUGUUUGAAAGUUUGCACCAAAGGAAAAUUAUUUGACAUGGGUUUGCAGUACAUUCAAUAUUGGAAACAACAUGCAACUACAGAUUUUAGUGUGGUCAGAAUGGGAAAAGAAAUAGACAAAAUUGAACAAGAGUUUAUAGAGAGUUGUGCUCUUCAUUAUUAUAAGCUUAAAGAUAACAGAUCUAUGAUGAAAUUUGUUAAAGCUUUUCAAUCCAUAGAUUUCAUGCGUAAGUUUUUGAAAUCUUUGGGUUGCCUUGAUGAGCUUCUCAUGUUGGAAGAGGAGUCAGGAAACUUCUUGGUCGCUGCAAGCAUAGCGAGGCUGAAAGGGGAGAUUUUACAUGAAGUUGAUCUCCUCGGGAAGGCUGGGAAUUUCACGGAAGCAUCCUUGUUAAUUCUUUUCUAUGUUUUGUCCAACUCACUUUGGGCGCCUGGAAGCAAAGGCUGGCCGUUAAAGCAGUUUACACAAAAGAAUGAGCUUUUAGCAAAAGCCAAAACAUUUGCAAAGAAUGGGUCCGAAAACUUUUUUGCUUUUGUUUGUACUAAGGCUGGUGUUUUAUCAAAUGAGCAGGGUAACUUGUCCAUGAUGAAAGAUUAUUUGAAUGCAUCUCAGAGAAAUAAGAGUGUUGGAGGUGAAAUAAUAUCUGCUCGAAAAAUUCUGGAUGCUCAUCUUCAUUCAAACUCCUCAAAGUAUGUAUGGGAAGAUAAUUUUGUUUUUGAUGGGAUAAAGCAUUCGGAACAGAAGAUCUCUACAAAUCAGAUGUCUGUAGAAACACUAGUUUGCUUUUGGAAUCUUUGGAAAGAUAAGAUUGUUAACGUUAUUGAAUACCUCAGAUGUCCUAAAACCCAAGAUGUUAAUGAAUUUGGAGAUUUCUGCUUGAAUUACUUUGGAGUGCGGAAGCAACUUCAUCAUGAUAAUGCCAUCUAUAUUUUGCUCAACUCUGAUGCUGAUUGGGUGAGAGAAUUGGAUAAUAGAUUCCUUCAUCAGAUUGGGAAGCUGGUUUCUGUCGAUGUUCACCAAAUUUUUUCAACUGCUCAAAAUUACUGGUGUUCGGAGUUACUUUCUGUCGGUAUGAAGGUUUUGGACAAUCUUGAAGCCCUUUAUAAUUUCUCAUUCAAGAAUUCCCUCUCUAUUUUCUGCCAAAGCAUAUCUCUUACUCAUAUCUAUGAGAUUGCAAAGUUUCUUUUGGAAUCAAAAUAUCUAGACCGCAGGUACCAUAAUGAUAAGACAUUGUUGCAAUAUGUCGAACUUUCCACUAGUAUAUUUGGCUAUAUAUUUCCUUUGGACUGGCGGAAAACAUUGGCAGAGAACAUGUUUUCUCUGAGAGGAACUGAUGUUUCGAAGAAUUUACUAAAACAAGUCAUACGGAAAAACAUCAGGUCAAAGAGUAAGCUGACUUAUGGGCAAAUUGGGAGAGUUGUAAUGAUAAUUCUUGGAUUGGGUAAGCUUGACAAUGAUUUGUAUGAGGAGAUUUUGAAAAGGUUUGAUGGGAUUUGUGGAAAUGCACCUUGGAAGACCUUCAUUCAAACUCUCUGUGGGAAUAUGGCUUCAAAACUUCCACAUGCUACAAUGUCUGACAAUAGCACUGAAUCUCCAAGAGUGUUGUCCCUUCUACUGACGCUCAAUGAAGCUUUGGUAAAUACUUACAGGGCAGACUGGACGAAAGAAAAGGACUAUAUUUCACCGGAUUGUUUUUUGUAUCUUGUUGAGCGCCUACUGAUGUUGGCAUCAUACCCCCAGGGUUACUUUAUCACUUCAAAAUCUUCUUUCACUGAAUGGUUUAUCUACGAAGAGGAAGAUACUAACCCAGGUUCUUCAGUGGCUAGAGUGCAACCAUUCCUCGGUAGAAUCUACAACUUUGUUGUCAAUGAUGUUGUUAAGCCGCUCCUUUAUAAUAAGGCAGAUACAAUAGCAUGGAUCAAAAUGUCUGGUAUAUAUGCAAAAGACUACUAUCCACUGCUGAUGUUGAGAUUGGUUUCCAUAAUAUGUUUGGUUCAUCUGAACCUUGGGAACUGUUCAGAUUUACUUUUUGAUUUGCUUCGUAAGAGCUAUAUUACUGAACAACUUCCAUGGGAAUUUUAUGAUGUCCUUCGGAGAAGAGGGAAACAUUUGCAGGUAAAUGUAAAUCUGCUUGCUGAAGCAUUCAAAAAAAUUAACAAUCCUCUUGUAAUUGUGAGUUUGGGAAGAAAUUGUUCACAAUUUCUAUGUCCAGAUGCCAUUUUUGUUGACAUGACGGUAAAACAGCGCAAGGAGGACAUGGUAAGAGUCUUGUUUCCAAAGACAGUCAAAGCCAUGCAAGGUCAAACUGGAAUUAUUGAAGUGGAAGCAACUAAUUCUUGUGGUGAAGUGGUUACUUCGGGCAGUUAUGAUCAGGAGGGUUGUAAGCUUGCACCUUCAAACUCUGCUUUGAGCAACAUAAAUGCAAGCAAGAUGCCAAUGAAUUAUAGUUACUUUUGGGAAAUGUUUGAAGCAUUGAAGUCAUUGGAGAAUGAUAGGGAUCCAAAGAGCUUUUUGUCCAAUGCUCUAGCAAUGAAGGUCAAUGUCAACAAAAGUAUUCACCUUGUAACUGCUUUGAACGAAAGCCUUCAGAACACUCAUUUCCAUGAUGAAAGCCUAUUGCAUGAAGUAGCCGGCAUGCUUGAUGAACUGAAGCUAUUUUCUGCUGCAUUGGAUGUGAGUGAACCAGAACUUGGGAACAAUAUGUCAACAAUUGAAGAACUUUCCAAGAGAUUGCAGUCAAGGAGAGUGGAACUUUUUAUGUCGGGCUUCGAAUGGGCAAUGGGAGAGACAUCAAAAACUGGCAGUACAUCUGUUGAGCAGAAUGAUGAAAAGGACACUGAGAGCAAGGCCAAGAUAAAUACUAGUGCUGAUAAGGGUAAGUCAAAGGCUUUAGAAGGCAAUAGUAAAAACGGCCAGGAAACAGGUAACAAGGGGAAGGGUAACAAGCCCAAGAAAAAGAAGGCUGGUAAAGGAGGCCGGAAGAGGUAAAUAGGUGCUAUCACAUCAUAUGUUUCAGAAAUGUUCUUCAUAUGCACUUGAAAGUGUUGAAAUAUAUACAGCAUUUUAGAA